AUGGUGCGUAUUCUAUUCUCUUCCUGUUCAAUAUCUCCGUAUUCUUUCUAUUUAUUAGGUUUCAGUCAAAACCAAAUCAGGCUCGACGAUCGCUUGUUUUCCGAAAAAACCAGUGGAAUACUCGCUUAUCCACAGUGUCUGCGAGGAACUAAUCGUGCUUUGUCUGACCCAACGAUUGAUAAAGUGGUCAAGUCUUCUCGUGAAGAUGGUAUCAGUCGAACCUCAUCCAAUUCGAAAGACACGAUCAAAAUCAAUAGCCAAUCAGCAGCAGUUCGCUUUUUAGAAAUGACUGCCUCGGACGCGUAUCGAACAUUCAAUGAACAACAUCCUGGACUUGUUGCGCGAUCAACUUUCAAUGCCCUUCGACCACGAGAAGUAAAAACGGCGACACGACAUGAUACGGGUAUCUGUAUAAUUCAUGAGAACAUUGACUUGUUCUUCAAGGCUUGGAACAACGACUAUCAAAAAUGUGCUAGUAUAGGUGCUUUAUCAGCAACCAAUAAGAUUAAUAUGAAAGAUCUAAUUAAUCAAAUGGUGUGCCCAGGCUCUAAUGAAAAGUGCUUCAGUGGUAAAUGCAAUAAUUGUUCAUCGAAGAACGAUUCGUUUGUGACGGUGCAGAUAGAUUUCUCAAUGAAUUACACAUUGAUACGUCAGCGUGAAGUUCAACAAGGAUUCUUUAGUUAG